AUGGCCCCAACAGCCCCCACCCCCGGCAAGCGCCUUUCCGCCCGCGAAAAAGCUCUCAAGCGCCUCGCCGACCCUUUGCUCCCUCGCAAGCUCCACCGCGAAAACAACGUAGUCUCCGACUCCUUUAUCGACUCGAAAAAAGACAAGCGCACAAUCAAGCACAACGCCUUUGUCUCUCGGAUCGCCAAGACCGCGCCUGGGUCCGGCAAGAUUAAGAAGCGCAGGCGUCCUUCCAAGCAACUGGUCACGAGUUUGGAAAGCUUGGGCGAUGUUUUGGGGGAGAUUAGUGACGAAAUCCGCGAGGACCAAGAGAGUGGCAAGACGAUGGAUAAGAUGCAGGAGGCCAUGGGGAGGGUUAGGCAUAAGUCUCUCAAGACGAGACCGGGGGCGCUGAAGAGGAAGGAGAAGGUGGUGAAGACGGAGAUGGAUCGGUUUGGAAGGAGUUUGGCGCAGCUGGCUACGGUGAAGGAACCUGCGGUGGCGGCGGCGCCGGCGCCGAUGAUGGAGGUAGAGAAGCAGACGACACAGACACAGACAGCGCAGACGACAACACCACAACCGGCGACGACGAAUAGGUGGGCGGCGCUGAGAGGGUUUAUUUCUGCUACUAUGGAGCAGAACCCUGCUUUCUUGGGCAAGACGGCUUGA